AUGGCGCCCGUGGGCGACGGCCCUGCCAACAGCUCCGCCAACGGCUCCAGCGGCUGCAGCACAGACAGGAGCGCCUCCCUGCAGAUGGCAACCAGCGCCUCCAUCGGCCUCAUCCUGGCGCUGGGCCUGCUGCUCAACGGCCUGGCGCUCUGGGUGUUCUGCUGCCGCCUGCGUCGGUGGACGGAGACCCGCGUCUACAUGGUCAACCUGGCGGUGGCCGACUACCUGCUGCUGCUGAGCCUGCCGGGGGUCCUGCACACGCUGGGCGAGGCGCCGGGGACGCAGGAGGGCGCCCUGUGCAGGGUCCUGCAGGGCUUCUAUUACAUCAACACCUACAUGAGCAUGUGGCUCCUCACGGCCAUCGCCGCCGACCGCUACGCCGCCCUGCGCUUCCCACUGCGGGCCCGGAACUGGCGCAGCCCCCGCCAGGCCGCCCUCACCUGCGCGGCCCUCUGGGUGCUGGUCGUCGGAGCCGUGGCCCUGCCCGUGGCCUGGCAGGGCCCGGGAGAGAGCUUCUGCUUCGGGAAGGGCCGCACGCGGGGCCCCAGGGCCCUGGGCUUCUCCCUGCUCCUCUUCUCCCUCCCGCUGACCGUCCUGAGCUUCUGCUCCGGCCAGGUCCUCCGGCACCUGCUCCGCAAGUGGGCGCGGGCACAGCCCCAGGCCGCCGCCCCCAUCCUCAGGGCCCUCUGCGUGGUGACCGCCAACCUGGCCACCUUCAUGCUCUGCUUCCUCCCGCUGCAUGUGGCCUUGCUGGCCACGCUCGUGGUCCAGUGGACGGGCGCGGCCUGCCCCACUGUCCAGAGGGUAGCGACCUUCGUGCAGGUGGCCUCCCGCAUCGCCAACGCCAACUGCUGCCUGGACGCCGUCUGCUACUAUUUCGUGGCCACGGAGUUCCAGGAGGAGGUGGGGGCCGUGCUCGCCAGGCCCCCGCUCCCCAGGGGGAGAGCGCCGGGCGCUGCUGCCUGCGGCGCCCCCGUCCUGGGCGCCCGGGGGAGCAGCACGGAAGGGGACCCCCGCACGGCCCAGGGCGCCCCAGGCCGCCCCGGAGCCUCCACCUUCCCACUGCUGCCGUGUCCACGAGAAGCAGCCGCCCUCGGUGCGGCGUGA